CUAGUGAAAAUUGCCCCAUAUAGAAAAAGAGAAUGAAAAAUAAAGCAUAUAACAAGAAUAUCGUGACAAAAACCCAACGAGAACACUGAAAUGGCAAAAUCCAGUUCAUGAAAUCUCGGAAAUUGAAAUGCGAAUAAAUAAAUCUAUGCCAACGGAUAUGCAACUUGAAUAUAUAAUUGGAACGCGCGAGUUAAGAGACGUUAUGUCUCGUUGAAAUAAAAAUUUGCAAUUUUUCAAUUAACGUGCACUAUGUGCUUUAUUUGAACAGAAAAAGAGGAAGUGCUCGUGUUUACAAUGCUAUUUAUACAUUAUACAUUUUCCAUGUCUAAUUUCUAUAAAUGUAUAUCGAUUGUGCAAUUCGAUUAAAUUCAAUUUUUCAAAUUGAAAUUUCUAAAGAUGCAUAUCGAUUAAAGCAUAUCGAAAUAAUGAAAAUGCAUAUCGAAUUCGAUUAAAUUGAAUUUCUUAAAUUAAAAUUUAGACAACCACAGAAACAAGAAAUUGUUAUUGACAUUUUAAUUAGUGAAUUUGUCGUGUUAACUUUCCUCUUCCAAAAAACGAACUCCCGGUCGUUUCAUAUUUGUUUUGAACUUGACAUUACAUUUGUUAUCAACAUUCCAUGACCUUUUAAUUUUAUCUAUUAUAAAAAUAGUAGGCAAUGAAAAAGUGUUUGUCCAUUAAAUUUGAAUAGUUUUCAUUUGUAAAACAUGGGUUUGAUGAAAUUUUUAUUAUAACUUCUUGAAAUUCCAAUGAAUUUAAUUUCUCGGAUAACUGACAAUGAAGAGAAAAUCAAGAUCUCGGUGGCCAUACGUAAGUCUUUUAGUAUCAAAACAAAAAAAACAAUUGAAAUACAAUAAUUAAUUCGUUCGCAUACCUCUCAAGAGAUGGCGUUCGAUACUCCAUUCAAAUGAUAUCAAAAUGAUUCAAUGGAACAUGAUUUAGAGAGGUUUCGAAUGAAGAAUUUAUUCGAAUGAAGAAUUUAUUCAAAACGAGAGGAUCAUGUGAAUAUGAUGUGAUGAUUGUAUAUAAAUUGCUGUUUAGAUUUUCGAUCGAAUGAAUGAAAUUCACUCCAAUUUGUAUCAAAAUUUUCAAAGGUUUAACCGAAAUAUAGAUUUUGAAAUAUUCUGUUAGCAAACAGAGUGGAUAACUUCACACUGAUGCGACACAACCAUAAAUGUCAUUUUAUGGUAAAAAAAAAUUUAGAUGCAAAUAGUUUAUUUAAAAAAAAAAACUCUUUUCGAUCAAUUGGUGUUUCUUAAAUAUAAUGUCACGACGACGAAUUGUAUACAACUAUCCCUCAUCAGAAGAUUCUCUGUCCCCCGAAGAAAAACGAUUUAGAAGAGAUUGUUGGGAAAAUCGGAUGAAAAGGCUAGAAACUGGAGAUGAAUCUGACAGCAAAAUCAUCGUUGGAGACAAAACAAUACGUACUCACAAAGUGUAUUUAACCGAUUUCCCAUAUUUCAAGCAAAAAUUUGGUAGCCAGAAAAAAUUUCGAGAAGACGAGUGUGAUCAAAUCAAUAUUUCGGAAUAUGAAUAUGCAAUUGUUUAUGAAAUGGUUAAAUACAUGUACUCAUUGAAAGUGAAUAUUUCGACCGAAAAUGUCGAGGAUUUGCUCAAAAUAUCAGAUGAGUACCACGUCGAUGGUCUUUUCAAAAAAGCACAGAAAUUUAUGGUGGAUCGUAUAGAAACUGGUAACGUCAUCGAUUGCCUGAUUUUGACUGAACACAUCACGAACGCAAAGCUAUUGAAGUCCGCAUCAAUUGAUUACAUAUUGAAUCAUUAUUUCGAACUAGACGGGAACGAAUCAUGGGAAAAUUUGUCUUCGGAUCUUUCAAAACAAAUCUUGCGUCAUGAAAAGCUAAACCAACGCAUUCCUGAUAUAAAUGCCGAAAAUGCUGAUCAAUUAUUGGCCAUGGCAGAAAAGUGCCACGUAAAAAAGUUGACCGAGGCUGUUAAGAAAUUUAAGAACCAAGUCUGAUGGAAUAUGGAUGGAAUCAAUUUGAACUUAAUAUAAAUUCGUCGCUUAACACAACUGCAAAAGGGAACAGUACAAUUGAUAAUACCAACAGAAAUACUACUGCAACACCGUGGAUAAAUCUUGAAGACGCUGCCGAAGGAAAUCAUACGGGAAAAUAUUCUCAACAUUACCAUCAAUCAAAUUCAAUCCCAUUGUAGAUAUCAUCGAUACAAUUCAACCGUUGAUGUUAAAACCAAAAUAGUUCUUCGUUUUAAAAUGUUCAAUGCAAAUUUUUUGUUGAGUUUACUCGAUUCGGUUCCAAUAAAAAUGAUUUAGUUCUGAGCUUUCAAGUUCA